CAGAGUGGACAGUCUGUUUUUCAGGAAAACAUCUUUGUCUCAGAGAAAAGGGGAAAAAAGUGGAAAAGCAACAGAUCCGAGGGCGUCUUAUGUUGUCGAAUAAAAUCUGAAUCGUCUCUCAGGAUAAGCUGUGCUGAAGGGGAUGCUGGGGGUGUCAGAGAUGACGGGCAGCAACAUGGCCAAUGCCCUGGCAAACGCCGCGUGCGAACGGUGUAAAAGCGGAUUUGCCCCAGCGGAGAAGAUCGUCAACAGCAACGGCGAGCUGUAUCACGAACAGUGCUUUGUCUGUGCCCAGUGUUUCCAGCAGUUUCCUGAAGGGCUCUUUUAUGAGUUUGAGGGAAGGAAAUACUGUGAGCAUGAUUUCCAGAUGUUGUUUGCUCCCUGUUGUCACCAGUGUGGAGAGUUUAUAAUUGGGCGUGUGAUUAAGGCCAUGAAUAACAGCUGGCACCCUGACUGUUUCUGCUGUGUUAUCUGUCAAGCCGUGCUCGCCGAUGUUGGAUUCGUCAAGAACGCCGGCCGCCAUCUCUGCCGUCCGUGUCAUAACCGAGAGAAAGCUCGGGGCCUCGGGAAGUACAUCUGUCAGAAGUGUCACGCCAUCAUCGAGGAACAGCCCCUCAUUUUCAAAAAUGACCCCUACCAUCCCGACCACUUCAACUGCAGUAACUGCGGUAAGGAGCUGACCGCAGACGCUCGUGAGCUAAAAGGGGAACUCUACUGCCUCCCCUGCCAUGAUAAGAUGGGCGUCCCGAUCUGCGGAGCCUGCAGGCGUCCUAUCGAGGGCCGUGUGGUCAACGCCAUGGGCAAACAGUGGCAUGUUGAGCAUUUUGUCUGUGCCAAGUGCGAGAAGCCUUUCCUGGGACACCGUCAUUAUGAGAGAAAAGGACUUGCUUACUGCGAGACUCACUACAACCAGCUCUUUGGUGAUGUUUGUUACCAUUGCAACCGUGUGAUCGAAGGAGAUGUGGUGUCGGCUCUGAAUAAGGCUUGGUGUGUGAAUUGCUUCUCAUGCUCGACCUGUAACACCAAGCUCACCCUCAAGAACAAGUUUGUGGAGUUUGAUAUGAAGCCGGUGUGUAAGAAAUGUUACGAGAAGUUUCCUCUGGAGCUGAAGAAGAGACUUAAGAAGCUGGCAGAGACCGUGGGCCGCAAGUAGAUCUCCCCGCCCACAGGGGGAGCCAAAGGAUGGUCAAUAUUACAUCUAUGGUGCUUAAAGAAUGAACAGAGACCAAACUAAAUCUGGACUGCUUAUGAUCUUGGAUUAGUCGUCACUUGUGUCUUACUUUGUUGUCGUAAACUUUACAUUUGUUUUUCUGUGACAGAAAGUAGCCAGCAGAUUUUCUUUGGUCUCACAUCAACAGAUGUUCUUGUGUCUUAACACUGCAACCAAAACCAAACAAAUACUUUUAUAUUGUUUAUUGAUAUAUAUGUACUUGCAUGUUUAUAAAGAUAAUGCUAGUUUGUAUUCACGCUGUUCAGAGUAAUUAUUCUGCACAUUUUUGACUUUUUUUGCUUCAUAUGCAAUGCCACAGCUUUUUCUCAAGGCUGAACCCCUUUCUGUGUCUGACCCAAGGCCUGGCUUUGAUAUAUUGAUCUGAGAGUUGUAUUUGAUAUUUAAUGUAUGCUCAAGCCUCACAUUUUUCUGUCAGACAGGGGAUCAAAAGUUAAUGCAUGAUGUAAUGAGCCUGGAGGAACAUGGCAAGCUCUAAAAUCUUCGCUUGACUGAAAGUGCUCAGGCUGUCUAAUCUCCUUCCCAGCUUAAAUGAUCUAGCUUUAUUAAAGCCCUCACUGUGUUCUCGAAAUAUGCGAUAAAUUAGACCACUUGUAUAUCUUCUGAGAGGUGUAUGAGCAGAGAGGUUUAUGAUGACUGUCUUGCAUCAUAACAUCCUCGUCUUUUUCAUUUUGUUUUAAAAGUUUAGUUUUAUGACAUGCCUGUCUUAUUUUUCUGGAGAAUUUGGAUAUCCAAAUAUAAUGAACUUGUGCCUUGUGUAUUGUUUAUCUGCAUUGACAGCAAUUACUUAUGAUUUCUGUAACAAUUGACUGAACUUAAACAUGAUUCGAAUGUCCUUGAUUUCAUAUUCUGUUUUUA